AUGUCUUAUGGAUCCAUCGCAGGCAGUGGUGGCCUGGGGAGCCGCGGCCCUUUCGGGGGGCCCUCCCGGCAAGGCUAUAAGCCCCUAGCCACCCAGAUGGACCCAAGUGACCUCCAGGAGCUGUUCCAAGAGGCGUCGGCCAACAUCGUCCAAAUCAGCUCCAGCGUGACCUCCUUGGAGCAGAGCCUCCGGUCCUUGGGGACGCCGGGUGACACGCAGGAGCUGCGGGACAGCCUGCACACACUGCAGCAGGACACCAACCGCAUGAUCGCGGCCAGCGCCAGCACCUUGAAGCAGACGGCCGAGCUCCUGCGGGGCUGCCCCCAGCAGGAGCGUCUUCAGCUAGACCGCCUGAAAACUCAGCUGUCAGAUGCCGUCCAGCGCUAUGGAGUGGUGCAGAAGAAAAUUGCAGAGAAGUCCAGAGCACUGCUUCCCACUGCGCAGAGGGGUGGCAAGCAGCAGAGCCCCCAGGCCGCCUUUGCUGAGCUGGCUGACGAUGAGAAGAUCUUCAACGGGGGCGAUGGUGUGUGGCCGGGCCACGAGCAGGCGCUGCUUCCUGAGAUCACCGAGGAGGACCUGGAGGCCAUCCGGCUGCGCGAGGAGGCCAUCCUGCAGAUUGAGAGCGACCUGUUAGAUGUGAACCAGAUCAUCAAGGACUUGGCCUCCAUGGUUUCGGAGCAAGGAGAAGCCAUCGAUAGUAUUGAAGCCGGCCUAGAGGCUGCGUCCUCGCACACAGAGGUGGCCAGUGAGCUCCUCGCUGGAGCCAGCCGGCACCAACUCCAGAGACGCAAGGUCAAGUGCUUCCUCCUGGCGGCUGGUGUCACUGUCCUGCUGGUCAUUGUCCUCAUUGUUGCCACCUCUGUCCGAAAGUGA